AAUUAUUAUUUUCCCUAAUUCUGUUACUUCUGCAGAUAAUUGGCUAUCUGCAUACAUUGUGCCAUUAUGUUGCAAAAUAUUAUCAGCUAUAAUUGGGUCUUUUGGUGGGUAAGCUACAGCUAAAGUGCCAUCCACAGUUCAGUGGCAACUUUCAAUCCAAGAUUGAGCACUUCUAAAUAAUGGGGCUUCAUCCUGUUUUUCCUACCUUUUCCCCAAUAUUCACCUGGAUCGUGGCAUCAGGUUAUGUACAAUUUCACCUGCAACAUAGACAAAUUUAUCAUCCAUGAAUAUGUAAAUGCUUUGGAGAAAGAGCCUCUGAACAAUUCCUGGAAGCAAAUGGAUUCCAGGCCUCUCACUUCAAAUAAUGGACUCGAGCACCAUCCUUUAACUCCGAUUAGGGUUUUAAGGGGUCUGAUAUGUUUACUGGUGCUACUUUCAACAGCGUUUAUGAUGUUACUGUACUGUGGUCCUGUGAUCUGUGUCAUAUUACGGUUAUUUAGUAUACAUUAUAGCAGGAAAGUGGCAUCAUUCAUUUUUGGUGCUUGGCUAGGCUUAUGGCCUUACCUCUUUGAGAAGAUAAACAGGACUAAAGUUAUCUUUUCAGGAGAAACUGUUCCUGCCAAGGAACAGGUUUUGCUUAUUGCCAACCAUAGGACUGAGGUUGACUGGAUGUACUUGUGGGACUUUGCAUUGCGGAAGGGACGUCUUGGGUAUAUUAAGUAUAUCCUUAAGAGCAGUUUGAUGAAACUACCAGUUUUUGGUUGGGCAUUUCACCUUCUAGAGUUCAUUGCGGUGGAGAGGAAGUGGGAAGUUGAUAAUUCAAUCAUGCACCGAAUGCUUUCAACUUUUACUGAUCCUAGAGAUCCUCUUUGGCUUGCUGUUUUCCCUGAAGGCACUGAUUUCACUGAGCAGAAGUGUGUACGGUGUCAAGAAUUUGCAGCCGACAAUGGCUUGCCUAUCUUAAACAACGUCCUUCUUCCAAAGACUAGAGGUUUCUAUGCCUGCUUGGAAAUUCUGAGGAAUUCUUUAGAUGCAGUCUAUGAUGUAACUAUUGGCUACAAGCAUCGGUGCCCUCUCUUCAUGGAUAAUGUAUAUGGUGUGCAUCCUGCUGAAGUCCACAUUCAUGUUCGACGUAUCCCCCUAAACGAGAUUCCAACCUCUGAGAAAGAGGCUGCUGCUUGGUUGGUGGAUACGUUCCAGCUCAAGGAUCAGCUGCUCACUAAUUUUACCGCUCAAGGCUAUUUCCCCAAUCAAGGAACAGAAGGAGAUCUCUCUACAUUUAAGGGCAUGGUAAACUUUAUAGUGGUGAUUGCAUUCACCAUCAUGUGUAUAUUCCUUACAUUUUUCUCAUCUAUCUGGUUUAAAAUAUAUGUGGCAUUGGGUUGUUCUUAUCUUGCAUCUGCUACCUAUUUCAAUUUUCGACCAUUGCCAAUUAUAGGCUCUGUGAAGGCUAUGCUUGGUUACAAGAAAUCUAAGUUGUAAGACGGGUAUGCCACUGGAUUUAGAGAAUACAAUUUUUUCAGCAUGGAAAGUUCUACUGUAAAUUGUGGAUUUGCUGUGUUAUUUUUUGUAUAUAUUUGCUUCAUUUAUUUUAUAGUGAAUAAAAGCACCAUUGCAAAAUCCUUGCCCUUU